AUGGCCACCCCCAAUGUUCUUACUUUUGACGCUGAGGGGAGGGCCAUUGACUUUGCCGUCUGGAUUGAAGACCUGCAGCUGUACUUACUGUGUGAUGCGAUAGAUGAGGUCUCUCUCUUUGACUUUGUCUCUGGAGCUGUCCCUGCCCCGCCUGCUGAUGCUGACUCUGCCGUUCGCUCCAAGUGGGCGACCCGCGAUGCUGCUGCACGUCUUGCUGUGCGUCGCCACCUCCCUUCCUCUGAGCGUGCCCACUUUAGUCAGUGCAAGACCGCUCAGGCCUUGUACGACGCUGUAGUUGCACGCUACUCCUCUCCUUCCUCCGCUACCCUUAGCCGCCUCAUGCUACCGUUUCUCUUCCCUGACCUCGCUUCCUUUCCCACUGUCGCUGACCUCGUUACCCACCUCCGCACUAGUGACGCUCGCUACCGCGCUGCCCUUCCUGCUGAGUUCCGCGCCGCAAACCCUCCUCCCAUGUAUAUCACUCUCUACUUUCUCGUCACCCGUCUUCCUGAGUCCCUUCGUGUCGUUAGGGACCAGGGUGUUCUCCUUCCCCCCUGCUGCCCUCUGUCGCCUCUGCUGCUACGGCCGACCUCGCUGGUUUUGAGUCGGUCGGUGCGGCGUCUGCCCCCAGCGGCAGACGCCGCUCUGGCAAGGGCAAGGGGGGCAAGGGAGCGGGUGGAUCUAGAGGAGGCAGUGGCGGAGGAGGUGGGGGUGGCGGGGGGAGUGGGGGUGGCGGUGGAGGUGGUGGCGGGAGUGGGGGUACCGGUGGAGGAGGUGGAGGCGGAGGUGGCGGCGGAGGCGGCAGCGGAGGAGGCGGGGGCGAGGGUACCGGUGGGGGCGGUGGCGGUGGAGACGGGGGUGGCGGUGGAGGUGGGAGUGGCGGUGGAGGCGGGAGUGGCGGAGGCGGCGGGGGUCGGAGUGGCUCGUCCCAGCGGAGCAGCUCUGGGGGUGGUCAGCGCCAGCAGCAGCAGCAGCAGCAGCAGCGGUCUCGCACCGUCCCCGCCCCUCAGCAGCUCCGUGUGUCCCAGGUAG